GGAUUUUAUGCCCCUGCUUGAAAUCGUUCGGGAGGCGCCUUGCUCGUCCUCUUUCACGCAAGGCUCUUGAGAAACCUCAGCAAGCGGUCGCUUCAGGGCGGCGUCUGUCUCGGGGAGUAUCAGAACUGCAGAUAUGGCCACGCCGUUGAAGCCUGGGGCUGGCAAGCCCGGUGUGGAGGAAGGAGAGCCUGUUCACCGCAUCCGUAUCACCCUGACAUCUAAGAAUGUCAAGAACCUCGAGAAGGUCUGCGCUGACCUCAUCAAGGGCGCAAAGGAUAAGCGCCUGAGGGUGAAGGGGCCCGUUCGCAUGCCCACCAAGGUUCUGCGUGUGACGACCAGGAAGUCGCCUUGCGGAGAAGGAACAAACACAUGGGACAGCUUUGAGAUGCGCAUCCACAAGAGGUUGAUCGACUUGCACAGCCCCUCAGAGGUUGUCAAGCAGAUUACCUCCAUCAGCAUUGAGCCCGGUGUGGAGGUGGAGGUUACUAUCGCUGAUGUCGCAUAGAGGAUUGAAAGGCCGUUGCUUGAACCUUUUGUAAGCAUCUGUCCAGCUCCCAUUUGUGGCGGUCAAUAUCACAAGCCUCUUUUAUCCAGUGUUGUGUUGAAAGUGCUUCUUUCUUAUCUGAGCAUGUUGCAAUCGGUAUAUGGUUUUUAUCAGUUUCGGCGACCUUCAUCUCGAAUCUGAUACUUCAUGCAACGAGCCUACAGAUGGCGUCCCAUGUGAUCCGUGCACUUGAUAAUCUAAUCAGAGCGGUUUUACUAAAACACUAAACACUCCGCACA